AUGAUAGAAAAAUCUUGCGUUAGUACGAAUCCAAUUGUUUUCUUGGAUAUUAAGAUUGGAAGAGAAAACGGUGAGUUAAAUGUUUUACCGCCUACCAAAAUAGAAUUGCAAACAAAUCUAAUUCAAAAAAUGAUUUGUGGAAUUUUAGUUGGAAGAAUUGUAAUUGAGCUUCGUAAAGACAUUUGUCCAAAGACUUGUGAAAACUUUAGAUCAUUGUGUACUGGUGAAAAAGGAUUAUGUUAUCGGGGCUCAAAGUUUCAUAAAGUCAUUAAACUGUGCCAUGCUCAGGGUGGUGAUAUUAAAAAUUAUAAUGGAACUUCAGGUGAAACUAUUUAUGGAAAAUAUUUUGAAGAUGAAAAUUUUACUUUAAAGCAUGAUGCGGGUGUUGUAUCUAUGGCGAAUUUCGGUGAACCAAAUACAAAUAACUCACAAUUUUUUAUAACGAGUAUUGAAUGUCCCCAUUUUGAUGGUACAAAUGUGGUAUUUGGAAAGGUUUUAAAAGGAUUGCCAUUAGUUAGUGAAAUGGAAAACUGCACAAAUGAUGAUGGUGUUCCUCAAAAACCGAUUUUGAUAAGUAAUUGUGGUGAAUUUAAAAUAGAAGAAGACUGGGGAUAUCUUGACAAUGAUGAAACAAUGGAUACACUUCCACCUUUUCCUGCUGAUUGGGAAAGAUAUGAAGACAAUUUUAGUAUGAGUGAAAAAUUAGAAAUUCUCAGCAUUAUAAAAGAAUCCGGAAAUUACUUUUAUCGUCGAGGAGAUUUUGUGAAAAGUGCAAGAAAAUAUAAAAAGCUUACAAGGUUUUAUAAUUUCUUCAAAGAUCACACCCAUGAUGACAAUGAAAAAGCUUCUCUUGACACGUUCCAACUCGUAAAUCUCACAAACCUUGCGGCGACAGAACUAAAGCUUCAAGAUUUUAAUGAUGUCAUAUUUUCGUGCAAUGCCGCAAUCAAACUUGACCCAAACAAUUCAAAGGCUUUUUAUCGGCGAGGGGUUGCAAAUCUGGCAUUGAAUAACUACGAAAUGUCUCUCGAUGAUCUUAAAGUCGCCCACAAGUUAUUACCAGGCAAUAAAGCGAUUCUUAAAGAGUUUGAUCGUGCCAAGAAAUAUUUGUUGGAUUAUCGGGCAGGAAGAAAUAUGCCAGACAUUGGAGUCAAAAAUGAAGUCAGAAGCGAGACUUCCGAUAUUGAAGAUGAAUCCCAUGAAGUAUUAGAUAAGAUUAAUAAGGAAUCAGAAAGCAAGCAGGAACUUAAUUUGAACUUGACCGAACCUGAAUUGGAUGAAAAAUCUGAAAUAAUUUCGAAACUUCAAAGAAAACUUUCUAGAUCUCAAGCUGAAUUCCUUACACUUAAUCGCUUACAUCAGCAAAAAAGUUUUAUAAUGACAUUAUUGAAAAAUGAAUUGCAGUGUAGAGAUCAGAAAAUGAAAUCAAUGAUUGAAGAAGAAACAUUAACAAAUGCUAAAUUGGCAGAAGCAAAGAAAUUAAUUGAAGAUACAUUUGAUGUCAAGAAUUCAAUGAUGAAAACAUUGAGUGAGUGCAUUGAAAAAUGUGAAAAAAUGCAAAGAGAAAUCGAAGAAUUGAAAAUUGCAGUCGUUCGUUAUGAAAAGAGUAAUGAAGAACGUGAACAGCUGGAUAACUUUGCUGACCCUGACAUUAAUGACAACGAAAUUGCAAUUGAUAUCAAAAUCGAAGCAUUAGAAAUUGUCGAUAAUCAGGAAGAUAAUAUUGAGCAGCAAGUAAAGGUCAUCAACGUCAAUGAAGACAUCACGACGAUGUAAUCUGAGUUUAUUUAUAACUGACCUCUGUUACUCUAUUUCUGAACUUUAAUAAUGAAAUUUGAAAAACAAAAACUUAUAAUAAGUUUAGACUCCUCAAUCAACAGUGUAGUUGAAGAAAGUUUAACAAUAAAAGUUUUAUUCAGAAAAUAUUG